GAGAGACUAGAAAGCUUCCUCACUCAUCUUCUUCCCAUUUUUAACCAUUUGAAGAACACCAUACGCAACUCCAUCUCUUAUUCUCUUCUCCGUCAACCAACCGCCGUUCAAGAUGCAACCUUCACUGUCACUCUCACUUUGAAUUCUCCCCCCAUCUUUAAAUCCCCAAAACCCAUUCUCCCAAUUUCUACAUCUUCCCUUUUCUCUAACCCAAAUGGGAGACCCAUCUCAAAAUUCAUCCAUAAUUGGUCUCACCGGAAAGAUGCUAAUGGCCGGUGUAAUCCUCCUCUUCUUCGUCGCCGGUUUCGUCUUAUUCCUCCAACUCUACGCCAAAUGGUUCUGGUACCGCCCAGAAGAAGAAGAACAACAACAACAUAGCGGAAACAGAACCGUCACACGAAGGAGACGGCGUCUGGACUUUUCCCCCGGACAUAAUGAAUCGGCGGUCGUUUUCCCUAGACAGCAACGUUCAUUAGAUCAAUCUGUUCUCAAAUCGCUUCCUGUUGUAGAUUACGAAUCGAAGGAUUUCAAGGAAGGAUUAGAAUGUGCGGUUUGUUUAUCAGAUUUAGCUGACGGUGAGAAACUCAGAUUGUUACCUAAAUGUAAUCAUGGGUUUCAUUUAGAAUGUAUUGAUAUGUGGUUUCAAUCACAUUCAACUUGCCCUCUUUGCCGUAGCGCUGUUUCUUCAUCAACAAAUAUUGUUAAUGAAUCGAUCUCUUUAGAGAGUAUUUUGGGGUUACAAAUUGGUGAUAUCAUUCCAGAUGAUGGUCCGAAUUUUCCAACGAAUGUAUUGUUUUGUGGGGAUGAAACUCGAAUCAUUACUUUUGGGUUAUCUGUUGUGGAGGAUAUAAGUUAUUCUCAUUCCCAACCUCCGUCGUCGUCGUCUUCAUCGUCGUCUUCGUCUCCGGCGGCGGCGACAAUGGUUGUGAUUGAUAUUCCGUCGGCGUCGGCGAGACAGGGGAAUGACGAUGAAGGGUUGAAAUCUCCAUUGACGACGCGACUGAGAUCUUUGAAGAGGCUAUUGAGUAGGGAUAAGGAUCGAAGGUUGAAUCCGAGUAGCUCCGGUGGUAGUGUUGAAGAAGAACAAGGAAGCAGGGACCAAAUCUGAUCUGAAAAUUGUUAUCUGUAUAGGAGCAAGGUUUAAACCCUAAGUUAUUUCAAAUUUAAAUUAUCUUUCAACAAAAAGUAACAACUUUUGAUGGAAUUUUAUUAUUAUUAUUAGAGUUAUUUGGAUUAUUUGAAAUGGUAAUUA